AUGAAAGAAUGGCCAAUCUUGACGAACUCUGCUAAGCAAAGCAUCUCUCACAGAUCGUGCACCAAGUUCUGGUCGAUCAAGGCAGUCGAUGCUAGCUGCAUCUUUGUCAUUGCGUCUCUCGCAGGUCUCUUUUACCAAACAAACCUUUUCCUCCUCAAUCACCUGCCGUUUGAGAAGCAAACGAUCAAAUUUGGGCUGCGCGCUGGGAUUGAGGCCCGCUUUCCCACUCUUGUUUGCUGUGGUGUUGGCCGUCCCUCUCAGGCACACCACUCCGUCAAUGGACAACCCGCUCGCCGAGGCUCUUUUGUUGCACUCAAUGAACUCCCGGGGCCUUCGGGAUCGGUUCUACGCAACACAGCCCGUGACACCCGCGAAAUUAUGCGUCCGGGGUCUCCGGAUGGAGCUGAUAUUGGUGGCCCUGAACGUGUGCAGAUGUCCUCUGGCCUAUCAGCGAGAUUCACUCAGUCAGACUCCAUUGAAGCAAUCUUCCGGCCUACGGAUGAUGCUGUUCAUGAUAAGCCCACUGAACCCAAGCAGCUCUUGAUGACGACGGAUAAUCCCGAUGACGAUAUUUGCGAGCGUGCUUCAAUUGUGCAAUGGGAGCUGCAACUAUCCCUGUCUCCGAUAUGGCCAGCUCAAGCACUGGAGCUUUUGAUCCUGUUCCAGAAGGCUACUUCCAAAUGGUGGACUCCCAAGUCGAGUGCCACGCAAACAAUCAAACUGAUUCAAUCGGGCGGCGAUAUGAAUCUCUCGAUUUUUGGUCUACCCGGCCUCGUCUCGGGGUUAUCAUCUACCAUCCGCGCUGGGCCUGCUUUCCGAUUUGCUGCGGCACGUACCGAGCUCAGCGCCCUGCCGUCUCGCUCUCUGCAGGCCUACAUGGACCUUGACCGCGUGCGCCGCCAUAUCCGACCCUGGCAGGAGGUUAUCAUGGCCAUCAUUCGCACCCAUGUGCAUGAUGAACCUGGACCCCGCUUUCUUUUCACCCCACCCCAGUACCAUUGUCUCCUCGCGCUCUGGGCCGCGGCAGAAGCUUGGUAA